ACCGAGCCGGGGGAGGGGAGGCAAGAUGGCGGUGGCGGUGGCGCUGAGGUUGAGGUGAGACGCCGCGACCGCCCAGCCCCGCCGAAGCCUGCCGCCCGGGCCGCACCAGCGCCGCGCCGUCGGCGGUUUCCUAGAAACAUGAUUGCUUGCUGGUCUUGAUCUCACAGCUUUGUGAAGACUUCUUCUCUGAUAAUGUCAAGUUCAGGCUACCCUCCUAACCAAGGAGCAUUCAGCACAGAACAGAGUCGUUAUCCUACCCACUCUGUCCAGUACACCUUCCCCAGCACCCGGCACCAGCAGGAAUUCGCAGUUCCCGAUUACCGCUCGUCUCACCUGGAAGUCAGUCAGGCAACCCAGCUCUUACAGCAGCAGCAGCAGCAGCAGCUCCGGCGCAGGCCUUCCCUGCUUUCUGAAUUUCACCCAGGCUCGGACAGGCCCCAGGAGAGGAGAACUGGAUAUGAACAGCAAUUUCAUCCAGGUCCAUCUCAGACAGAUCAUGAUUCACUGGAAUCUAAGCGACCACGUCUUGAACAAGUCUCCGAUUCCCAUUUUCAGCGUGUCAGUGCAGCUACUGUUUUGCCUUUAGUACAUCCUCUGCAGGAAGGGCUGAGAUCUGCGGAUAUUAAGAAGGACCCAGCUUUUGGAGGAAAGCAUGAGGGACCAUCUUCUCCAAUUUCUGGUCAGCCUUGCGGGGAGGACCAAAAUGCUUCACCUUCAAAGCUGUCAAAGGAAGAACUGAUACAGAGCAUGGACCGCGUCGAUCGGGAAAUUGCGAAAGUUGAACAGCAAAUCCUUAAACUGAAGAAAAAGCAACAACAACUUGAAGAAGAAGCUGCUAAGCCUCCAGAGCCAGAGAGGCCUGUCUCCCCUCCUCCAGUGGAACAGAAACACCGCAGUAUUGUCCAAAUUAUUUACGAUGAAAAUCGGAAAAAAGCAGAAGAAGCUCACAAAAUUUUUGAGGGUCUUGGUCCAAAAGUUGAACUGCCACUUUACAACCAACCAUCAGACACAAAGGUCUACCAUGAAAACAUCAAAACAAACCAAGUGAUGAGGAAAAAGCUAAUACUAUUCUUUAAAAGAAGAAACCAUGCAAGAAAACAACGGGAACAGAAAAUCUGUCAACGUUACGAUCAGCUGAUGGAGGCAUGGGAGAAGAAAGUUGACAGGAUAGAAAAUAAUCCACGCAGGAAAGCAAAGGAGAGCAAAACAAGAGAGUACUAUGAAAAACAAUUUCCAGAAAUCCGGAAGCAAAGAGAACAGCAGGAACGAUUCCAAAGAGUUGGUCAAAGAGGGGCUGGACUCUCAGCAACUAUUGCUAGAAGUGAACAUGAGAUUUCUGAAAUCAUUGAUGGACUCUCUGAGCAGGAGAAUAAUGAAAAACAAAUGCGCCAGCUCUCUGUCAUUCCUCCCAUGAUGUUUGAUGCAGAACAAAGACGAGUGAAGUUUAUUAAUAUGAAUGGUCUGAUGGAGGAUCCCAUGAAAGUUUAUAAAGACAGACAGUUCAUGAAUGUCUGGACCGACCACGAGAAAGAGAUUUUUAAGGAAAAGUUUGUCCAACAUCCCAAGAACUUUGGUCUAAUUGCUUCCUACCUGGAACGAAAGAAUGUUCCCGACUGUGUAUUAUAUUAUUAUUUGACCAAGAAAAAUGAAAAUUAUAAAGCCCUUGUGCGAAGGAAUUACGGUAAACGCAGAGGAAGAAACCAGCAACAAAUAGCUCGUCCUUCUCAAGAAGAAAAAGUAGAAGAAAAGGUAGAAGAGGAAAAAGCAGAAAAAGCAGAGAAAAAAGAGGAGGAAAAGAAAGAUGAGGAGGAAAAGGAUGAGAAGGAGGAAUCUAAAGAGAAUACCAAAGAAAAGGACAAAACUGAAGUUGCACCAGAGGAGACGGAGGAAAGGGAGCAGGCCACUCCUAGGGGCCGAAAAACUGCCAAUAGCCAAGGUCGUCGUAAGGGCAGAAUCACCAGAUCAAUGACAAAUGAAGCUGCACAAGCCAAUGCUGCUGCAGCUGCAGCCACUGAAGAGCCACCACCGCCUCUUCCACCCCCUCCAGAACCUUCUUCUGCAGAGCCUGUGGAGACAUCCCGCUGGACAGAAGAAGAAAUGGAAGUUGCUAAGAAAGGCCUAGUGGAGCAUGGGCGAAACUGGGCAGCAAUUGCCAAAAUGGUUGGGACAAAAAGUGAAGCUCAGUGUAAGAACUUCUACUUCAACUAUAAAAGGAGACACAAUCUGGACAGCCUCCUCCAGCAGCACAAGCAGAAGUCUUCGCGAAGGCCCCGUGAGGAGCGAGAUGUAUCACAGUGUGAGAGUGUAGCUUCGACUGUGUCAGCUCAGGAGGAUGAAGAUAUUGAAGCAUCUAACGAAGAAGAGAAUCCAGAAGACAGCGAAGGUGCUGAAAAUAGUUCUGAUACAGAAAGUGCUCCGUCUCCAACUCCAGCAGAACCUGCUAAACCAAGUGAAGAAACUCCAUCCGAAAGUGCUGCUUCGAAGGUAACCACUGAGGCAACAGCAGAACAAGAAUCGACUAUCAAACCUGCACCCAGCACAUCUCCCUCCUUAACAGCCCAAAGUGUCUCAGCAGCUGAAAGUCAAAACCCUGAGCCACAGGUUAAGGAAGAAAUAAAUAAUGAGGCAGAAGAGCCCAUGGAAGUUGACAGUAGAAGCCAUCCAGUUGAAGCUAAGCCUGUGAUUACUCUUCCAGUGCAUACCAAAGUAGAACCUGUAGAGACUGAAAUGAGGCUACCAGAGAAUAUUCAAGUGAAAAUAGAGAGCGAUACCAAAGACAGAGAUAUGGAGAAACCCAAGGAAAAGUCAGAACCCGAGGAAAUGGACUAUAGUCUGUCACAACAAGUUAAUACAGCAAGACAAGAAUCCCAUUCAGACAACGAUUCGAGUGCCACCUGUAGUGCUGAUGAGGAGGUUGAUGGAGAACCUGACAGGCAGGGUAUCUUCAGCAGAGAGUCAAAGCCUUCACUGUUAAAUCCCACUGGGUCAAUACUGGUAUCAUCCACAAUAAAGCAAGGGCAGAUGGACCUACAACAACUUCACCACCGAGCUGCUGUCAUACCACCUAUGGUUUCUUGCAGUCCCUGUACUGUUCCUGUUGGGACACCGGUGAGUGGUUACGCGCUCUACCAACGGCACAUCAAAGCGAUGCACGAGUCAGCGCUGCUGGAGGAGCAACGCCAGAGGCAAGAGCAGCUGGAUAUGGAGUAUCGAAGCGCUGUAAGCCCUUGUGGCACUUCCAAGAGCCCUAACGUUGAGUGGGAAGGAAAACCGGUGGCCUAUAUGCCUUACGCUGAGGUCAAGCGAGCGAUGGAACAGGAGGCACAAGUGCAGAACACGGCGACCAGGUCAGCAUCACCCUACAGGCUGUCUCCCAGAGAGGUCAAUAAAGCCUCCCCCCAGCCCGACAUGAACGCAGCUCGCUAUAGUGUCCCACCAGUUCUCCAGCCAGCACCUCACCAAGUAAUAACCAAUAUACCCGAAGGAGUCCGCCUUCCAACAACCAGACCCACCAGACCACCACCACCACUCAUUCCAUCCUCCAAAACAAGUGUGCCAUCAGAAAAACCUUCCUUCAUCAUGGGAGGCUCAAUCUCACAAGGAACACCUGGCACUUACUUAACAUCCCAUAGUCAAGCUUCCUACACCCAAGAAACGGCAAAGCCAUCAGUGGGUUCUAUCUCUCUUGGGCUGCCAAGGCAGCAGGAGUCAGCCAAAUCUGCUUCCCUGCCCUAUAUCAAACAAGAAGAAUUCUCUCCCAGAAGUCAGAAUUCCCAGCCUGAGGGACUCCUGGUCAGGGCACAACAUGAAAGCGUGGUUCGAGGUACCACAACGAUACAGGAGGGAAGUAUAACACGAGGAACACCAACCAAUAAAGUUUCUGUUGAGACCAUUCCUUCUUUGAGAGGCUCCAUAACUCAGGGUACCCCAGCUCUGUCCCAGUCUGGUAUAGCGGCUGAUGCGUUGCUGAAGGGGACUAUCACCCGGCUGGCUACAGAAGACAGCAGCCCAGAGAAGUGCAGAGAGGAAGCUUCAGCCAAAGGCCAUGUUAUCUAUGAAGGCAAAAGUGGGCAUAUUUUAUCUUACGAUACUAUUAAAAAUGUUCGUGAAGGAACAAGGAGUCCAAGAACUGCUCAUGAAAUUGGUUUGAAGAGAAGCUAUGACACAAUGGAAGGAAAUAUAAAGCAAGGAAUGUCAAUGCGGGAGUCUCCAGUGUCAGCACCACUGGAAGGUUUAAUAUGCCGUGCACUGCCUAGGGGAAGCCCACAUGCUGAACUAAAAGAGAGAACAGUGUUGUCUGGCUCUAUAAUGCAAGGCACACCAAGAGCAACAGCUGAAAGUUUUGAAGAAGGCUUGAAAUACCCUAAACAGAUUAAGAGAGAGUCACCUCCCAUCAGGACGUUUGAAGGAGCCAUUACGAAGGGGAAACCGUAUGAUGGAGUCACUACUAUAAAAGAAAUGGGUCGUUCCAUCCAUGAAAUCCCAAGACAGGACCUAUUAAGCCAGGAGAGUCGCAAGACUCCUGAAAUGGUGCAGACGACCAGGCCAAUCAUAGAAGGCUCCAUAUCUCAGGGCACACCCAUAAAAUAUGAAAGCAACUCUGGCCAGUCUGCCAUCAAACAUAAUGUAAAAUCUUUAAUCACUGGACCAAGCAAGUUACCCCGUGGAAUGCCCCAGCUGGAAAUGGUGCCAGAAAACGUGAAGGUGGUGGAGCGAGGAAAAUAUGAAGAUGUGAAGACCGGGGAUGCAGUACGUUCCCGUCACACAUCAGUAGUCAGCUCUGGUCCCUCUGUUCUCAGGUCAACUCUUCAUGAAACUCCCAAAUCACAGCUGAGCCCUGGGAUUUAUGAUGAUACCAAUGCUCGGAGGACACCUGUGAAUUAUCAGAGUCCAAUGUCCCGGAGUUCACCUAUGAUGAAUAGAGUUAGUGAGGCUGGAAUAUCUUCUGGGAAGUCAGCAAAUCACGAAAGAAAAAACACACUUACUCCAACACAGAGGGAGAGUGUGCCAGCAAAAUCUCCAGUCCCAGGGGUCGAUCCCGUAGUGACUCACAGUCCUUUUGACCCUCAUCACAGAGGAGCAACUCCUGAAGUCUAUAGGAGUCACCUCCCUCCUCAUUUAGAUCCUGCUAUGCCAUUUCACAGGGCUCUGGAUCCUGCUGCUGCUGCUUACCUGUUCCAAAGGCAGCUCUCGCCCACCCCGGGUUACCCAAGUCAGUAUCAGCUUUACGCGAUGGAGAAUACCCGACAGACAAUCCUGAAUGACUACAUUACCUCACAGCAGAUGCAAGUCAAUUUACGUCCUGAUGUAACGAGAGGAUUAUCUCCCAGAGAGCAAACGUUAGCUCUCCCGUAUGCGGGAGCAAGAGGAAUUAUUGACCUGAACAACAUGCCUCCCACUAUCUUAGUGCCUCAUCCCGGAGGAACAAGCACACCACCCAUGGAGAGAAUCACUUAUAUCCCUGGUACCCAGCUCACGUUCCCUCCCAGGCCUUACAAUCCUGCUUCUCUGUCACCAGGACACCCUACACAUCUGGCAGCUUCUGCAGCUGCAAAUGCUGAAAGGGAGCGGGAAAGGGAGAGGGAGAAGGAACGGGAAAGGGAGAGGGAACGGGAGCGAGAGCGGGAACGAGAACGAGAACGAGAGAGGGAAAGAAUAGCUUCAGUCCCUACUGAGCUUUAUCUUCGACCAGGUACAGAGCAGCCUGGCAGACCUGGCAGUCAUGGAUACGUUCGGUCCCCGUCUCCUUCAGUUCGAAGCCAGGAAAACAUCCUGCAGCAAAGGCCUAGUAUUUUUCAAGGAACCAAUGGGACAAGUGUCAUCACACCUUUGGACCCUGCUGCUCAGCUACGUAUCAUGCAGCUCACCCCUGGAGCUCCCUCUAUUACUCAAGGGUUGCCAGCUUCCCGUUACAAUACUGCUGCUGAUGCCCUUGCAGCACUGGUGGAUGCUGCAGCCUCUGCUCCUCAGAUGGAAGUUGCCAAAGCAAAAGAGAACAAGCACGAAGGAACCAGGAUAGAAGAGAAUCUGGGACGCCGGUCAGCUGUGGUUACUGAACAGCAGCAGAUGGAACAGAAGACACUGGAGGUAGAAAAGAGGCCUGUCCAGUGCCCCUAUACAUCUGCAAAUUUUUCUGGUGGCAAGUCCCAGGGACAGUCUUCAUCAGUAGUCUAUUCAGAGGCUGGUAAAGAGAAAGGACCUCCUCCGAAAUCCAGGUACGAGGAAGAGCUGAGAACUCGAGGAAAGACUACAAUUACUGCUGCUAACUUCAUAGAUGUGAUCAUCACUCGACAGAUUGCUUCAGACAAGGAUGCACGAGAUAGGGGCUCUCAAAGUUCAGAUUCUUCCAGUAGUUUAUCCUCCCACCGGUAUGAAGCUCCUGGAGAUGCCAUUGAGGUGAUCAGUCCUGCAAAUUCACCUGUACCUACUCAAGAAAAACUACAGCCCUAUCAACAAGAGACACCUAAACCAAGCCAGGCAGAGAACGACCCGAACAGGCAAUAUGAGGGGCCGAUUCACCGCUACAGGACACAACAGGAACCCCCUUCACCCCAACAGCCUCCGCCUCCCUCUUCCCAAGCAGAAGGGAUGGCACAUGUGCCCAGGACCCAUCGACUUAUCACCCUUGCUGAUCACAUCUGUCAAAUUAUUACACAAGACUUUGCUAGAAACCAAGCAGCUUCUCAGGCCUCUUUGCCACCUCCCACCACUACAUUCCAGAAUUCCACCCCUGCUCCAGCGCCUGUUUCUACCCGGGCAAAGACAUCGAAUCGCUACAGCCCCGAGUCACAGUCACAGUCUGUCCACCAUCAGCGGCCCAGUGCUAGAGUGUCACCUGAAAAUCUCUCUGACAAGUCCAGGGGAAGACCUGGAAAAUCUCCAGAGCGGAGUCAUGUCUCUUCAGAGCCCUAUGAGCCAAUCUCACCACCUCAGGUCCCGGUUGUACAUGAGAAACAGGAAAGUGUUCUUUUGCUUUCCCAAAGAACUGAGCCUACUGAACAGAGGACUGACUCUCGCUCGCCAGGUAGUAUAAGCUACCUGCCUUCGUUUUUCACCAAACUUGAGAACACUUCACCAAUGGUAAAAUCCAAGAAGCAGGAGAUAUUUCGAAAGCUGAACUCGUCUGGUGGAGGUGACUCUGACAUGGCAACUGCUCAGCCAGGGACUGAAAUAUUCAAUUUGCCAGCAGUCACUACCUCAGGUGCAGUCAGUUCUAGGGGUCAUUCCUUUGCAGAUCCUGCCAGUAAUCUGGGUCUGGAAGACAUUAUUAGGAAAGCUUUGAUGGGAAACUUUGAUGACAAGAGUGAGGAACAUGGAGUUGUAAUGUCACAGUCCAUUGCAGUAGCACCUGGUAGUUCCAGUGCUGCAGUAUCAGCAAGUAACGAGACGCGUAGGGAAGAAGCCAACCCAUCACCAAAUUCAGGAGGGGGAGUCAGCAAGCAGAAGAUCAUUGGCAAGUCAAAUAACAGGAAGUCUAAGUCUCCAAUUCCUGGACAGGGAUAUUUGGGAACCGAAAGACCUUCUUCUGUCUCAUCUGUACAUUCAGAAGGGGACUAUCACAGACAGACUCCAGUGUGGGCCUGGGAAGACAGGCCUUCAUCAACAGGUUCAACACAGUUUCCUUACAACCCGCUGACGAUGAGGAUGCUGAGCAGUACACCGCCAACAUCCAUCGCGUGUGCCCCACCGUCCAUGAGCCAAGCAACCACUCACCAACAGAACAGGAUAUGGGAGCGAGAGCCUGCACCACUGCUUUCAGCACAAUACGAGACUCUGUCUGACAGUGAUGACUGAACUAUGCAGACUUUUCUUUUCUUUUCUUUUUUUUUUUUU